AUGAAUGUCGAUAAAAGUUUAUCACCUGUUGCACUAUUAAAUAAAACAUUAGAAGAUAAUCCAAUAUAUUCUACACCAAUAUUGAUUAUUGCUGGUAUAUCUCAUAAUUCUCUACGUAUGUGUCUUGAAACAGUAUUAAUGCAACCUGGUGUUAACUUACAAAAUGUUAUAGUGGCUGUUGAUGAAAAAUUUAUUGAAUCAUUGGCAUUAAUUGAUUUAUUUGGUUUUCAUGGUGAAAAAAUUCCAAGUAGCAACGUAUAUAUGGAACAUUAUGAAAAAGCAUUGAAAAAAGUUUGGGAACUUCAUCCAACAAAGGAUAAAAUAAUUGUUAUCGAAGAAGAUCUCAUAUUAUCGCCCGAUUUUCUUUAUACACUUGCAUUAUUAAGUGAACCGUUUAGAAAAGAUGAAACAAUCGGUGGAAUAGCCAUGUGGAACCCAAAUUCUUACGAAGAUGUUGACGGUUCAUCGAAUUUGAUAUAUCGUGUAGAUGAACUUUAUGGUCUAGGUUAUUUGCUUCGACGAUCGUUUUAUGAUACACACAUGAAAACAUUCAGUGAAUGUUGUUCGAAACGUGUUUGGGAUCGUUGGAAAUUUGAUGAUAAUUCUCAUUCAUUUCUAAUACCUGAUAUAUCUCGUGUAUUUCGUCGUCCUGUUGACGGCAAUCAUGAUAAUAUGAAAUAUUUAGCAAGAUUAUUUAAUAGAAAACGGAAAACAAGCUUAAAUCCAUUUCCCGGAUUAACAAAUGUUGAUACAUUACGUAAAGAAACGUAUGAUGCAACAUUAUCAAAAUCUAUAGCCAGUGCAAUAUUAUUAAAAUUACCAACUAAAUGUGAUACAUUAUUCAAAAUUGAUAUAUCAGUUUACAAUACUUCUCAGACGUUUAAAUAUAUUUAUAAUCAGUCUAGUUCAACUGAUUAUUCUAAUUUAUCUUUAAUAACACGUUGUUUUGGUUUAUUUUAUCAUGAAACAACAAAUCCCAUGGGUCUCUAUCAUGGCGUAUUACGUUUUAGUUCAAAUGACAAUAAUUAUUAUUUAGUUGGAUCAAAAUCAUCAUUGUACUCAUCUUCAUCCGAUCCUGUAAGAAUACAAUCGACUUAA